AUGUCCGAGACCAAGACCGACGGGACCAUCAUCGUCAACGUCCGGCUGUUCGCCACCAACAAGCCGGACCUCAAGUACCUCACGCGCUUCCAGUACAAGAUGCCCGAUCAGGUGAAAGGCCCCACGGUGCGACUCAGGCUGAACCCCGAGGUUGAAACCGUCGGGUCUCUCAAGAAGAAGGUCGAGGAGGCGCGCGGGACGCACCCGGUGGAGAAACUCCGCAAGGGCGGCGGGCCCCUCGGCAUCGUGCUCGAGCCCGACACCGCCACGCUCGCAUCCGUGGGCCUGACCCGCGAUCACAGCGUCUGGGAGUACGUCUGGGAGGACAGCGAGGCUGAGUCGGCCAAGUUCGAGGAGGAGCUCGACACCGUUCGCGGCUACGUCCACGAGUUCCUGCUCAAGCACCCGGACAUGCCCGGGGCCGGCAGGCAGACGGGCGAGAAGAAGACCGAGGAGUCGACCUGGACCAAGAAGCAGCGACGCAAGCGCCAGGAGAUGGAGACGGCGGUGGCGGAGUACAGGAAGGAGAAGGAGAAGAAGGAGGCGGCCAAGAGAGCCGCAAAGGCCGCAAAGGAAGCCAAAGCCGCGGAAGCCGCCAAAGCCGCCGACGCGACCGCCGCGUGA